AUGCACUGCAAGCUGAAAGAUGAUGCUUGCACAAAUGUUGAUGGCUACUUCUGCCUUGGGCACAAGGACUUUGCAAAGGUGAAAACAUUGAUGGAAAAGCUAGUUUACAUCUAUGCUAUGAAGUUUGAUCUCAAUAAUAAUGCCACACCCAUCAGGAACAGGCCCUACCAGGGUGAACUCCUCGUAUUGUUGAUAUCUAACCAGCUCUUUCAUAGCUCAAGGGCCAUUGGCAUGAAAUUUGUGUCACACUUUGUCGAAAUUGCCAAGAACAAGUCAAAGCAUCCCAAAAUUCCAAUUCCCUUCCUCGCACUGGUGGCAACAGCAGUAGUGUGCUUGUCUUUACUUGGUGAAUAUGCUGCUCAACUUUUCAUAGGUCUAUUCCACUCUUUUAUGGAAGUCGCUUGGUUCUCCAGGGAAGUUUACAGCUACCACAUCAAGUCUCUCAAACAGCUGAAGCACGACACACCUGGAAAGUUCCAUUAUAUGAUGGCAGAUACUUAUGAGGCUGCACAUAAGUUGAAAUGCAAUGGCGCUACUGGGGAUCACAUCGAGGUGAACGCCUUUGAACUGCUUGACCUUGGAGAUAAGCGAAGACAUGCUGCUCAGCCACCAAAAACACAAGCUGCCUCACAAGCACAGCCAAAACAAGUUCCCUCACAAGUUGGUGUGCCAUCAUUGCCACCAUCGAACCUACAGUCAGCAGUUGCCACUACAAUGCCGCCACUGAUGCCCCCUCCUCUUGCUAGUGGCCCCUUAGCCAUAACAGAUACGCCCGAUGAUUCUAAAAGACAGGCUGGAUGCUGGACUCGCUUUUGGUCUUGUAGCUGCUGCACGUCCACUAAAGCUUCUGAUGGUUUUCAUUAG